AUGACAGUAAAACAUAGUCAAAACAAAGGUGUCACUAGACCCGCGAAAAAGGCCAAAAUUGAGGUCCCCAGCAAAACAAAAAUCUCGCCCAGUCCGAAAAGAAAUUCUUUGCCCCAGCAAGCACAAUCGCGCAAAGUGACUACACCUCACGAAGAUAACGGAGAAGAAAUACACGGGAUAUCGGAGAAAGGAAAAGGAAAAGAAAAAGAAGUAUCAACUGCUUCGAAACCUAAAGUAAAACGGAAAACACACGAAGAAAAGGCUCAGCUACCAAAUUCUUUCAAGGUCGUUGCUGGAUCGUAUGAAAAACUUCUAUAUGGUCUCGAAGGCACUGUUACUGUGGACGAGGAUCUAAAGUUAAAAUAUGAACUGAAACCCACUUUCAUAUUCCCUGCUCAUGUGUCAUGUAUUAAAGCUGUCGCAGCAUCUCCUCAAGGUGGCAAAUGGCUCGCGACAGGUAGCGCGGAUGAAAUAAUAAAAGUUUGGGACCUCAGAAGGCGGAAAGAAAUUGGCGGUCUUAUGCAUCAUGAGGGUUCUAUUACGCAUCUUACUUUUCCAUCCAGAUCGCAUCUAUUCUCAGCGUCUGAGGACGGAACACUGUGUCUUUUUCGUGCUCGUGAUUGGGCUGUAUUACGUUCAUUAAAAGGACACAAAGGUCGUGUCAACUCUAUGGCAGUACACCCUUCUGGAAAGGUUGCACUAAGCGUUGGAAAAGACCGGGCACUGCGGAUGUGGGAUCUCAUGAGAGGCAAGGGUGUCGCAAGCACCAAACUUGGAAAAGAGGGCGAAAUUGUCAGAUGGUCGAUAGAUGGUUCCAAAUUCCUGGUACAGUCCGCUUCAACGAUGGAUGUUUACGCAGUGAACAUGGACCUCCUCUAUACAAUAACCCAUCCCUCUCGAAUACAUGACGCCAAAUUCUGUAGUCGAGUUGAUGGCGAGGGAGAGCUGCUCCUCGUUGCCGCCGAAGACCGCAAACUAUCUAUUUACGAUGUUCCAAAAGACUCUAGCUCACCCAAAAUUAUUGCCCAUUUGACAGGCCACACUAACCGUGUCAAAGCCGUGGACACCCUUAAUAUUGCUCUACCCGAGUCAUCGGGACGGAAAUCAACUACCAUUCUCGUCACCGUUUCGUCGGACGGAUUCAUCAAUUUGCACGAUAUAGCUGCAGUAUCGAAGCUCUCGAACAAAUCAGACACUGUGCAAGCCUUUGAACCCCUGACAUCGUACGACUCGAAAGGUACUCGCCUUACCUGCGUCACCCUUGGUGAUGGGGAUAUUGCAGGCGCAUCUGCUCCUGUAGACGGUAAACGCAAGCGAGAUGCUAGCGAGGAGCCUGACGAUAGUGGUAGCGAAAAUGAUAAUGAUGAUGAAGGAGAUGCCGAUGCUUUUGGUGCUGGCUGGGAAGAAGAGGAAGAAAUACAAGAGGAAGAUGAGGAAGAAGAUGAGGAAGAAGGUGAAGAGGAGAGCGAAUGA